UGUCAUGUUAUCUAUUUAUAUAUAAGACUGAUUAAAGGAAUAUUGCUUUUUCUGUUAUAGAAAAAAACAACUACAUCUGCAUGUGACAGAACGUGGUCAUCUGUUGCUAUCUUCAACAAAAUAAGACACGCUUUGCUUUUUAUGUCAUCAAAAUUAUCAGGAAAGAAACAGCAAGUAGUAGACAGUGACCAGGCCCAAGUUACGGUAAUGGAAAGAAGUGCAUCCAAAAUUUUCACCUCUUAUAAAGCAAGUUUCUUUCGUCAGAUACCUAGUACAGUGGCUGGGGAUAAGCAUGUAACUGGAAUACGUGGCAUGGUCAUUUUUGAAGAUGGACGAUUGAUAAUUAUCGACAGCAAAAACAGAUGUCUUAAAAUAUUUUCACCUCCAUGGUACGACUUUGUACUACGACAUUCUUUCAGUGACGAACCUCGAGGCGUAACUGUGUCUGGAAAAGAUGAAGUUGCCAUUACCUUCCCAGAUAAACGGGAGGUUCGUCGAUUUAGUAUCAAUACCGAAAAUAAAGUUUCUACCCAGAAAACGUUUGAAGUGCGAGAAAAACCGUUUAGUAUCUCCCACAGCAAGGACACUUUUGCCAUUGAAAUGGGAGAGGGCAAAGAUGGAUGUGUUAUUAUAACAGAUAUGGAUGGAAAUUUGAAAAUUUUAAUUUCUGGAAUUAGGAGAAAUUUCGGUCAGUUUACUGGAAAUACUAUUCGCUUAGCUCACGAUCACAAAACGUCUACUGUGUUUAUUGUUGAUCUGGUCAAUGAAUGCGUUAAUUCUGUGAAUUAUGAAGGAAAUAUAAAAUGGACAAUUAAGGUUAAUAGUCCAAGAGAUCUUGAUUUACGUGAAGAUGUAUUAUUUGUCGCCAGUAAAUCCGAUAAUUCGGUAGUUCAAAUGAGAACAGAUGAUGGCCAUAUAACUCAAUUGUUGACAACCAAAGAUGACAUUAACCAGCCAAGAUUUAUUUGUCAUCAACCGCAGGCAAAGAAACUUGCUGUUGAAGUUGGUGGAAAUGUUGUUAACAUGUAUCAAUGCUCAAAAAAGUGAAAUUAACAAUAGUUUUUAUCAACGUACGAUAAAGAUAAAGAUAAUGUCAAAUCAAGUAUAUUUGUUUAAUUUCCAAUUGUAAUUAUAAAAAACAACGGCAGAUAGUUAUAGAGAACAUUUUACAUUUAUAUAGGAAAGUUUUCGUAAAAAAUAUCUAUUAACAGAGUCUAACAUUUCGUUGUAUCACAUUUCAUUGUCCAAAAGAAUACUUCUUUACCAGAAAAAUAUCAUAAUAAAUAUCUGUUCUUCCCUUGCUUCCUUUCUCUUCAAAGUCUUUCACUUGUUUUUUUUUUUAAGAUUUCAGUAUUUGCAGGAACUCUCAUUGCUAUGUAGACUAUCAUUCCUAUGGGCACUAACUGCGCCCCUUUAAUAUCAGAUUUAUUCCUGUAUUGCUAUGAAUCUCAGUUCCUAUGGGCACUAAUUGCGCGCCUUUAAUAGCAGAUUUAUUCCUGUAUUGCUAUGAAUCUCAGUGUAUGACCAAACUUAGUAAAGACACGUCAUUGUUACAUUUGUUUGAUACAUUCAACAAUACCUACCGUUAUCUUGAUGAUAUUUUUUCGUUAAAUAAUCCAGAGUUCUCUAAAUAUACUACCGAAAUUUUCCCAAAGGAACGUACUUUAAAUAAAUCUAACAUAUCCAGUAGCUGUUGUCCUUUUCUAGAUUUAGACAUUUCAAUUUUUUAUUUUUUUUCAUUCCCUAUUGUUAAUUUUCCAUUUUUAGACGGCGAUGUUCCUUUGGCUCCAUCAUACGGUGUUUAUAUAUCCCAACUCGUUCGUUAUGCCCGUGUGUGUGUAGUGAUGUCAUAGAUUUUAACGAACGUAAUCAAUGCAUUACUGGUAAAUUAUUAAGUCAGGGAUUUCGUUACCAUAAAUUGCUAAAACUUUUACUAAAUUCUUUCAUAGAUACAAAGAUUUGAUUAGUAAAUUUGGCUGUAAACUCAUCGAACCUUUAAACAAACUUAUUAGUAAAGGUUAUCUUACCAAUGUUGUAAUUAGAUCUUUGAAUAUAGUUUACAUUGGCACAAAUAUCGAUUUUGUCAUCAGCAGAUUAAAAUAUAACUAAAUUUGUAUUCUUUUCAAACGGUUUUUUUGGGAUGUAUAAAUACACAUCCACGUUCAUUUUCUAUAUAGAGAUUACUCUAUCUAUAUAUUACAUUAUACAUAUUUAUUCACAGCUUAACUCCUAACUAUCCUACUGCCUGUCCAUACGUUUAUUUUGGCAUUGCACAAGUCAUGGCUUCUUUGACUGUCCAUAACGUUAAAUGUUUAUUUAUUCAGUGUUAUAUCUAGUCUCACUAUUUUUAAUAUAUACCACCUUUGAUAAGUGUCUAAUAUGACGAUAAGUUUUCACUUUUGUUCUCGUAUAAGGAACAACAAAAUUACUUAUUUUGUAAAAAUUAUUUCCGUACUCUAUGAAUACCUUACAACUAAAUUAUUUUUAUUUACCUGUGUACGUUAUUUUAUUUGGCGGCAUUUUGUCCAAGGUUAUGGUUGUCUUUCUGAUAUUGUUAAACAUCUAACCCCCUUGUUUUAUUACUUUUGUAUUUACAUUGUAUCUUUUGAUUGAGUUAGGCCAUUUCAAUUGAUAUUUUAUAGUGUGUCUUUCUAUGCUGUGAUGUUACACGAUUGUUUCAGGUAGGGUGAAGGUUGGUGCCUAUUAAAACGUUAAAAACCCGCUGCAUUUGUUUGCACCUGUCCUUAGUCAGGAUUCUGAUGUUCAGUGGUUGUCGUUUGUUGAUGUGGUUCAUAAGUGUUUCUCGUUUCUCGUUUUUUAUAUAGAUUAGACCGUUGGUUUUCCUGUUUGAAUGGUUUUACACUAGUCUUUUUUGGUGCCCUUUAUAGCUUGGUGUUUGGUGUGAGCUAAGGCUCCGUGUUGAAGACCGUAUUUAAACCUAUAAUGGUUUACUUUUACAAAUUGUGACUUGGAUGGAGAGUUGUCUCAUUGGCACUUAUAACACAUCUUCUUAUAUUUAUAUCAUACCAACCAAUCUCUCCAGAUAAUCAAUGUGUUUAUACUCAAAGUGUAUGUACUGAUCUUUAAUAUUCAUAUUUGUCUACCAUAUACUGUAAAUAAAAGAAUAAAUUUACAUCCAUCAUAUAACA